AUAUGAAAUAUUAUGAGCUUACAGGUGGACAAGGUACGGUGUAUUCGGCCAAAGGGUCGGGAAUAAUUUGACGAUAACUUGCACAGAUAUGCAGAUUUCGGACCGAGUCGGCCGCGUUCUGAUUCACCUGUCAGCGUCCUACGUAUGUGGAUACGUCAUUCAGACACGCCUAUAGGAGAGGAUUUCAGUGUUAAUUAAGAACCGACAAUAACAACAGUGCUCCGAUUUGUGAUGGAUCGUUACAAGGAUAUACAAAAUUUACCUAUAUAAAGACAACGGAAGGUGUACCGGUGAUGACAAGUUGUGGGUUUUUAUGUAGAUUAGUGACGUCAUCGAUGUAAGUAAAUAACCAAUGGUAUUUUACAUCCCAGUUUCUACAGGACUAUCUACGUAGUAUUAUAUAAGCUACGUAAUCGAGUCAGUCAAUUCAACGUUUCAUAUUGCAUAUAACCAAUAUAUUUACCUCGACCGAGUUAUUAUUUGUACAGAUGUACCACCGUUAUACACAGCGAUAGAACAGCCAUAUAUAGACAGACUAUCAACAAGACAAGUCCUUUUAUUUCAUACUGGUUUUUAAAACUCUUAAUUAGGAAAGGUAAGGUUUUAUAUCCUUUAACACGUCGGUGAUAGCGCAGUGAUUCAUACUUUAAGGAAAUUAAGAUAAAAUUACACGCCGGAUACAGAUAGACUUACCUGUGAUCUAUCGACGUACAGCGAUUGGAUGGGGCAGACGGGUUUUACAGUUACCAAUAGUUUAUUUUAAUCCUGCGGAGAUUUACAUUGUCAUCAAAUACAGUGUCUGUCUUACAUCGACAACCGGACGCAUACAGUGAAGACCAGUUCAACAUCUGUACUGAUGACUACGUAAAUUUUGAAAACGAAUUAAUUCGAUAAUUAUAUCAUUAAAUACGAAUCAAUUCUACCGACAUAUUGUUGAAUACGGAAAAGUGACACUUAUGAAAACGGAUUAAUUCAACUAGUUCAACACUUGAAUACGAACCAAUCCACUGAAGGAUAUCUGAUAUAAAGUACGGCGGAGUGUAUCGGUAUCAAAAUGGGUUGUUGUGAAUCAAAGAAUCUUACAUACAACAUAGAAAAUGACGAUAAAAACAGCGAUAUUGUUAUCACGGAUAUAGUGGCUUACGGGAAAUCACUAGAAAAUGACAAAGGUGUAUUGGAUGAUAUCAACGGCAAUGUGACCAUCACCACAGAAACAGUUAUCGUAGAGGAUAAAAAUUUGAAACAAGACGAAUCAGAAUUCACCGAUGUUGAUCUAAAUGAUCAGGACGCAGCUAAUUUUGACUCAGCAAAAUUAGAAAUAAGUGAUUUAAAGGGGACAGAACCACCCACAGAAGAUGAGACUGAUGCUGAAAAAGAUACAGAAGAGGAGUCAACGGUGUCUCUUCCGCCUCCAAGACCUCCACAGAAACUCCGGAAAGAUCUCGUACCCGACGUCAAGGUCUUCGCUAGAAUAGACAAUAUAGCUGAACAGGUACCCAAAACAGAACAAAAAACAGUGGAAGCCCUCGCCAAAUACCUUACCGACGACUGAAACAAAGAAUGAUAAUGAAUAAUCAUGUGCAACUUACCACGUACAAGUUUAAAGAAAUGGUUCAAGCUUAAAUACUCAAUCAGAUAUGAUGGCAAGUGUGCAAAACAUGUGGUACUGUUUGAGUAUCAUCCUUGUGUUGGGGUCACAGCCUAACCAUACAUAUAGAGACAAACUACUGGUGGUAUUAUACGGAAGUCUAUAAACUUAUCAAGAUUUUCCUUAGGUAUAAACAAUAUGAGAAAAUGUCAUAAUAUCUGAUGGGUAUACAUACCUGUUGUCGGUACAAACAAACAGUUGACUUUUAUUUGCUUACGUGAUAACAACAAAUUGUGUACGUCAUUGUUUUUGUCUGGUAAAUCUGAUGAAAAAAUAAGUUCAUACUUUAGUCUCCAGGUUGAAUGUGAUGCCACCUAGAACAAGUUCAAUUUUUACCAGCUUAAUUUUAUAUUCACUUACAAUCAGUUGUAUUCUCAUUUU